AUGUAUAGCGACGCUUUUUUAAUUAUUUUUAUUGCGUUAUUUACUGCUUUGUUGGGAGAAGGACUUACUUGGUUGCUUGUUUAUAGAUCAGAGGAGUACAAACGUUUAAAAUAUUCAAUGGAAAGAAAAACAAAAAAAUUAGAAAAGAAAAAGGAAACAAUUGGGGCUGUGGAUCAGGGUGCUGGGGCUGCAAAUAGUGCUAGCAAAACAACAAAAAGGAAAAUUGAAAGGGAAGAGGAACGUUUAAAGUCUACGAAUAGAGAUCUUUCAAUGUUUCGAAUGAAGUCUAUGAUGGCAAUUGGCUUUGUCUUUACAACUUUGUUGAGCACAUUUUCUAGUAUUUUUGAGGGACGUGUUGUUGCUAAACUUCCAUUUGAGCCUAUUUCUUGGGUCCAGGGGUUAAGCCAUAGAAAUCUUGUUGGUGAGGAUUACACCGAUUGUAGCUUUAUUUUUCUCUAUAUUUUGUGUACAAUGACUUUACGACAAAAUUUGCAAAAAAUGCUUGGGUUUGCCCCAUCACGAACUCUUAGCCGUCAAAAUCAGGGUGGAUUCUUUGGGCAAAGUUCUCAAUCUAAUCAACUCUUUCGGUGAAUUUAAUGGAAGUUGAUAAUUGAUAUAUUAUUUGAUAACAAUUAUUAUAUAUUUUUCGUUCUGUCAGUUCAAAAUUUAAAUCCUCAAAUAGAUAAAAUUUUGCUCAUAUUUACAUUACAUAUGUAGAUUUCAAAAUGGCUGGUAGAUCAAUUGUGGAUCUUCCGGUGAUGACAUUAGGCCAAAAAAUUUAAAGUAUACGGUAUUUUUUCAUUUCCGGCACUAUUUAAAAUUCGAAAAAAAUUUUAUUAAAAAAAUUC